GCUCAGCGUGGAGAAGCCCAAAGGCCGGCUGCAGUUUCUCCUCGCAGGGGCUGAGAAGAAUUGCCGGGUCCCCGUUCCUCUCAGAAUGGCUUUAGGUGAUUAUGAGGAAAUUCUCAAGUGCUACGAAUUACAUGAAACGAUUGGAACAGGUGGGUUUGCAAAGGUGAAACUCGCACGCCAUCUCCUCACUGGUGAGAAGGUUGCCAUAAAAAUCAUGGACAAACUUGCUCUGGGGGAUGACUUGCCUCGUGUUAAAAUAGAAAUUGAUGCCAUGAAGAAUUUAAGGCACCAGCAUAUUUGCCAGUUGUAUCACGUGAUAGAGACAUCUGAGAAAAUGUUCAUGGUCCUAGAGUACUGUCCUGGAGGAGAGCUGUUUGAUUACAUCAUUUCUAAGGAUCGCCUUUCAGAAGAGGAAGCUCGUGUGUUUUUUCGGCAGAUUGUUUCGGCGAUUGCUUAUGUUCACAGCCAGGGAUAUGCCCACAGGGACCUCAAACCAGAAAAUCUGCUGAUUGACAAGGAGCAUAAUUUGAAGCUGAUAGACUUCGGACUUUGUGCCAAGCCAAAGGCGGAUAUUUGGAGCAUGGGAGUCCUGCUGUAUGCUCUGCUGUGUGGCUUUCUCCCCUUUGAUGAUAACAGCCUCAUGGCAGUCUACAGGAAGAUCACGCCUUUGUAGUUGAGCAACUCGGCGCGCACUCUAGGCGGAGCGAUCCCCUGUGCGCCCAGCGCUGCAAUAAGGAAUGCCUGCUUUGACACUCCAAAACCGAGUCUUAGAGAGUCCUUAAUCACCGGCUCAUGGUACCAGGGGUGCAUCAGCGACAGUAUCGCAUCAGCCGAGAGUCCCCGAUUCCCAUCCGGAACCUGGUUCGUCGGCUGGAGACCCAAGGCGUGAUCAGCAAGCCUUCCACCUGGAGAGGCAUCCAGUACACCUGGAACUGACUGCCCCAGGGGUGCAAACACAGCCCUGCUGUUAGCAAAGCACAUCCCUGAAAUGUUAUUAGUAGCUAGGGUUGGAAGGCCUUACGGGAGUUCUCACAAAUAAUGAAGAUUCUAUCCCCGACUUUAUCAGGCAUGAGCUAAUUAAAAGAACUCCUCAUCAAGGGAGGCAAGUAGUGCAUCAUUCUCCAGGAAGCACGUGGAGCGUAAGGACCUUGAGGAUGGUACUAAUCUCCGUGUUUUGAGACGUUUAGCCGACUUGUCAGGAAAGUGAAAAUUCUUAGUGUCCCAAGCUGAACUACCUUCAUUAGAAUACUAAAAAUCACGCCCAUAGGUCAAGACAACCCUUGCCCAGGUGAAGACCCUUCCCUUGAGCAUGUGUGGUAGCUGUAACUUGACGGUGUAACUGUAUGUGAGUUACUAACCAGUCAAAUAGGGGUGGGAGGUACUAACGUUCUAGCGAUGUUGUAAAACGUGUAUAAAAAUCACACGGAGAGUUCUGAUGGCUGUGCAUGACAGGAGGAGGUAUCCCCCAUGCACCCGGUGCUGUAAAUAAACUAAUGUCGGCUUUCUAAACCCCAGAGCUGGUUUAGAGAGCGAUAAUUUCAUUAUGGAUGUAGAUAACCCUCUAUUUGCCAUGGCCCGAUCCAGACGGCACUGGGGAAGGGGGGAGCUGCAGAACACCGGCAGUACGUCGAUGACAUCAUUGU